AUGUGGUGGGAAUCAGUGACUCAAAAUGUAUCAGGAGAACAGGUAAAUUGGGAAUUCUUUCAACGAGAAUUUCAGAAGAAUUAUUUGGGAGAGACAUACAUGAAAGACUGGAAACAGGAGUUCUUAAUGUUGAAGCAGAGGGACAUGUCUAUAGUAGAUUAUGAACGAGAAUUCCUGAGAUUGAGUAGAUAUGCAAUUGAAUUUGUUCCGACUGAAGCUGACAAAUGCAAGCAAUUUCUAAAAGGACUGCGAGAUGAAUUCCAACUGCAAUUGAUGCCACUAUGGAUUAUAGAGUUUGUAGACUUAAAAUCUGAAUCUGUAUCUAGAGGCCGAGGUUCAGGCCGAAGUGGUUCAGUUGUUAGAGGUGGAACUAGAAAGGCUAGUGAAAGUGCUACACAACAGUCAGAAGUAAAGGCCCCAGCUCAAGCAUAUGUUGUAAGGACCCGUGAAGAGGGAGAUGCUCACGAUGUUGUGUCAGGAUAUUAUCAGUUGAAGGUAAAGGAGAGUGAUGUACCAAAGACAGCAUUCCGUACAUGGUAUGGACAUUAUGAAUUUUUGAUACUACGAGAAAAGAAAUUAUAUGGGAAAUUGAACAAAUGUGAGUUUUGGCUAUCGAAGGUUGUGUUUCUUGGCCAUGUGAUGUUGGCAGAUGGAAUCAGAAUAGACCCCAAAAAGAGUGAAGCUAUUAUUCAGUGGAAAGUUCCCAAAAAUGUGUCAGAAGUAAGAAGUUUUCUCAGUUUAGUUAGAUAUUAUCGAAGGUUCGUGAAUGGAUUUUCAAAGAUAGCUUUAUCGAUGAUGAAGUUACUACAAAAAAAUGUCUCAUUUGUUUUGAAUGAUAAGUAUCAGCAAAGUUUUGAAACAUUGAAGCAAAUGUUGACAGAAGCGCCAGUGUUGACCUUGCCAGAAUCGGGAAAAGAUUUUAUUGUGUAUAAUGAUGCUUCAUUGAACAGACUUGGAUGUGUGCUGAUGCAAAAUGGAAAGGUAAUUGCUUAUGCUUCACGGUAA